AUGCCCGGUGUUCGGGGGUCGCCACGGCUCGUAAAAUCCCGGCACCGCCCCCUGCACCCCAGAAAGAGGCAAGAAAAGAUGUCAGGGAUGGCUUUCUCUCAGGGACACUUGACAUUCAGGGAUGUGUCCAUUGAGUUCUCUCAGGAGGAGUGGAAGUGCCUGGACCCUGCUCAGAGGGCUUUAUACAGGGAUGUGAUGUUGGAGAAUUAUAGGAACCUGAUUUCCCUGGGUAUCUCUCCUAAGUAUGUGAUCAAGGAAUUAUCACUGAAAUGGAAAAGUAACACAAGAGAAGUAUUUUAUAUAGUAACACUGGGAAGACAUGAAAGCCAUGACAUUGAAGAUUUUUGCUUCAGGGAAAUCCAGAAACAUAUACAUGACUUUGAGUGUCAGUGGAGAGAUGUUGAAAGACAUUACAAAGAAGAGCAUAUGGCCCACAAAGAAAAUAUCACUAGCGGAAGAGACCAACAUGAUAGAAGAGAUGCCAGAAAGAAGCCUGUUAAAAAUCAGUUUGGAUUAGGCUUUCAGUUACAUCCCCCUGAACUACAUGGUUUUCAAACUGAAGGGAAAAUUUAUCAGUGUAAUCAAGUGAAAAAGUCUACCAACCAUGGUUCCUCAGUUUCACCACCCCAAAGUAAUUCUUCUAGAGUCAAAACUCAUAUUUCUAAUAAAUGUGGGACUGAUUUCUUCCAUUCCUCAUCACUGACACAAAGACAGACAUUAAGCAUUAGGGGAAAACCUUACAAGUAUAAUGAGUGUGGCAAAGCCUUUAAUCAUGACUCACAAUUUACUGUGCAUCAGAUAAUCCAUUCUAGAGAGAAACAAUACAAAUGUGAUAUAUGUGGCAGGGUCUUUAGUCAAAAAUCAAACCUCGCACGUCAUCGGAGAGUUCAUACUGGAGAGAAACCUUACCAAUGUAAUGACUGUGACAAGGUUUUUAGUUGCAACUCGUGCCUUGCACUUCACUGGAGAAUUCAUACAGAAGAGAAACUUCACAAAUGUUAUGAAUGUGGAAAGGUCUUUAGUCGUAAUUCAUGCUUUGCACUACAUCAGAGAAUUCAUAUUGGAGAGAAACCUUAUAAGUGUAACAAGUGUGGCAAAACCUUUAGUGUGCGGUCAACACUUACUAACCAUCAAGUAACUCAUAGUGGAGAGAAACCUUACAAAUGUAAUGAAUGUGGCAAGGUCUUCAGUUACAAUUCACACUUUGCAAGUCAUCAGAGAAUUCACACCGGAGAGAAGCCUUACAAGUGUAAUGAGUGUGGCAAAGCCUUUAGCGUGCAUUCAAACUUAACUGCCCAUCAGGGAAUUCAUACAAAGAAACCUUACAAGAGUAAUGAGUGCGGCAAAGCCUUUAGUGUGCAUUCAAGCCUAACUACCCAUUAGGUUGUCCAUACUGGAGAAAAACCUUACAGAUGGAAGGAGUGUGGUAAAUCUUUUAGUGUGCGCCCAAACCUCACUAGACAUCAGAUCAUCCAUACUGGAAAGAAACCUUACAAAUGUAAUGAGUGUGGCAAAUCCUUUAGUGUACGUCCAGAUCUCAUGAGGCAUCAAAUUAUCCACACUAGAGAAAAACCUUACAAAUGAAAUGGAUAUGGCCAGGUCUUCAGUCAAAGCUCAAGUUUUGCAAGUCAUCAAAGAAUUUAUACUGGAGAGAAAACUUACAAAUGUAAUUAGUGUGGCAAGAUCCUCAAUUGCAAUUCACUUCUGGUACAACAUCAGAGAAUUUAUUCUUGA